CAGCAUGCUGGGAGCGGAGGGCGGGGCUUUCUUGUUCCUCUUUCUCUCUCGCACUGUGAUGGUGGCGGAUGCUGACGCGCUGGCUCUGGGGCUCCCCACCCCCACGUGCUCUGGUCUAACCGCCGGGGGUCUGCGCUGUCAGCUGCCCGCGGGGGCGGGAGGGGCCCUGGGCGCUACGAUUUGAGAUUGCUUCUGCACUUGAGUUGGCAAUCCCUUUAAGAAAAGAACACUUCAUAAGAAGUAAACAGACUAAAGGAGCCAAAGAGGGGGGAAAAAAGCGCAAUAGAGAUUGCAAGUUCAGAGACAAUCCUGAGGAUUCGGAUUCGUGAUAGAGCAGUGAGGCGUGUCUUUGUGGUAGCAGGCUUGCUUGCUUUUUUCCACACUUUCCAUGAAAAAAAAUGCAGUCAGUCCCUGUGUUUUGAUGCAUCUCACAUUUUACUUCAGCCUCCGGACAUCGCAUUCAAGUUUAGAAAAGAUGCCAAAGACCGCAAAAGUCACCCCUAAAGACCGUGUCGCUCAGUUUGGCAAGGAUAAAUUUCACACUGAUGGUACUGUGCUGUUCUGCACUGCAUGCAACAAAGCUGUAGAUCAUGUUCGAAAGCAGACAAUUGUAGAACACAUGGAAAGCGCUAAGCAUAAACAUAAUGAAAAGAGACGAAGAGAAGAUGCUGAAACAGCAGGGCCAUCAACAGUAAAGAAACAAUGUACUGACACUGCAGCAUUACAGCAUUCCUCAGUUGCCAAAGACCACCGUGACACUGUCACUUUGGAUUUUGUUCGAAUGUGUUUACAAGCAGACCUUCCUCUGCAAAAAAUGGAUUUACCUGUUGUCAGGGAUUUUUUGAACAAACACGUCGAGGGAGGCAGUGCCAUUCCCAAGUUAGAUCAGUUGUAUUCCCACCUGCCACCUCUUUUUGAAGAGGAAAAACAGCGUCUUAUUAAUGACUUUGAGGGAAAUUUCAUUGCUGUAGUCACCAAUGAAACAAUCGACUUUGAAAAUAAACCAGUUUUCAACAUUUUAUUUCAGGUGCUCAGGGUACGCCCUCCUAGGCAUGUGGACAUUCCUGCACCGCAGCUGGUAAAGACCGUGUACCUGGGGAAUGUUGAUCAUGCCACCAUUUCACAAGCCUUGAUUUCUUGUAUGGUGGAAUUUAGCAUCCCACUUGAGCGAAUACUAGCAUUUGUUACAGACGGUGCAAGCUACAUGGCAAAUGCUUGGAAUGCUGUGCUUUGCAAUCUGUGGUCAAACUGUGUGCAUAUUCGUUGCUAUGCACAUGUAGUUGCUCUAGCAGGAAAUACUUGGCGAGAUACCUUCAAGCAAGUGGAUCGCUUUGUUGCUUUGAUGAAGACACUUUUAGUGAAAGCUCCAGCUCGUCGUGCACGGUUCUUGAGAUACCUGAAGGAACAGAGUGUUGAUUCACCAACACUUCCACCUGAACCAGUUGUGACCAGGUGGAAUACAUGGUUCAAUUGUGUAAAGUACCAUGCACAGCACUACCAGCUCUACCAUGGGUUUGUAGAGCAUGAACGAACAGAACAAGGGGAUACAUCUGUUCUGCGGGAACUAGCUAGCCUGUUAGUGGUAGAAGACCUACACACUGACCUUAAGUACAUUGCAGAGAACUGUGGACGCCUGGUGACAGCACUGGACAUUUUACAGUCUCAAAAACGCCAAAUACACAAAGUGUACAACACUGUCCUGGAUUUAAUUUCAUGGCUGGAGCAUCUUGCAUCAUCAACUGAUAAUGUGAAAGGGUCCACAGCUGCUCAAAGUGCUGCUGAUAAACUGAGACAAUACAAUGUAAAAAAUAAACAGCCGGCAAUUGAUUUUCUCCGCGCUGUUCGUGCACUGGAUCCUAAACAAAUUGGUGCUGUUUAUACAGAUUAUGAAACUGUGAAACAGGCAUUAAAGCUGCCCAAUGAAUGCAACAUGGAAUGGCCAGUGUAUUUAGGGAUUGUCAAAGACGGGUUUGCAGACGUUGAGGAUCCCAUUCAGUUCUGGAUGGCUGUUGAAGAUCGCAUUCCCAACCUGGCAAAAUAUGCAAUGGUUCUUCUCCAACUGACUGUAAAUUCAUCUGAUGUGGAAGGAAGUUUCAGCAAAUUUGGGGUUCUUUUCAGUGCUCAGCACCAAUGCCUGAAAGAUGAAAAUGUGGCUGGAAUGCUGCAACUCACUGAGGACCCCGCAAGAGCAGCUGACAUCGCAGCAAGGUCUGACACACUCCAGCAACUCACCAAGGAUCCCCCAGGAGCAGCUGACAUCGCAGCAAAGACUGACGCACUCCAGCAGCAUACUGAGGACCCCCCAGGAGCAGCUUAUGUUGCAGAAAAGACUGGUACACCCCAACAGCUCACCGAGGACCUCCUAGAAGCAGCUUUCAUUGCAGCAAGGACCAGCACACUCCAGGAGCUCACCGAGGAGCACAGGAGCAGCUUACAUUGCAGCAAAGACCAAUGCACCCCAGCCGCACACUUCAGCAACUCUCCGAGGAACCGACCCAUGGAGCAGCUUACAGGGUUCCCUGGUGUGGCCCCCUUAUCCAGCCAGUUAGGGUGAGGCAGGUAUAGAUUGGUGGGCUCUGAGGCUUCCUGCUUUGGGUGGACCUCCCAAGUCUAGACUGCCUGGGCUUCAUAGAAGCUCCCCAAUGGGUGGGGUGUGGCAGGGCACUCUGGGCACACCUGCUACUUUAGAAGUGAGUCAGGCUGCAGGAGCCAGGAUGUGGGGGAAGAGCUGGCAAUCAGGCCAGUCAUGUGACCCUCUAGGGGUGGGGCCAGCCAGAAGCCAGAGCAGGCAAUCUGCUGCUGGCCAUGUAAUAUCUGGUGGAAAGUGGAUGGGGCUGUGGGGGAGGGGGAGGUCCCAGUAGGGGCAGGGGGCCCAUGGAAUGAGUGCAUGACCCCAGGAGGGCUGAGAAGAACAGAUCACCCAUGUGGGGCUGGAUUAUAGAACUUAAGGCUUAAAGUUUAAAAAAGCUUUGAGCUGUAUUUUGUGUUUCUUUUCCCUUUGUCCUAUAAUAAAUCUGUCUCUGGUUGGGGCACUGCUUACAAGGGGGAAGUUUGUUCAUUCAGGACACCCCAGUUUAAAUCUAAUUGUCCCAGGUUUCUGCAUGGGGACUUGAGCAGAAGCUAAAUUUGAACCUGGCCCUUAUUGCUGCCAAGAGAUGCAGGGAGCAGAGCAGGAGGGGCUGGCACUGCUUAGAGCUACAAAGCAGUAGGGGACAGCUGCAGCUGGACCUGUGGCUUGGUACAGCGUGGGGGAGCUGCUGCUGGGAGGGAAUGGGCAGGGGCUGUGGGCACUAGGAGGACUGUGGCUUGGAAGUAAGGGGCAGGGCAGGGCACCAGCAUGUCAGGGCUGUUCAGUCCACAAAGCAGGGAGGGGGUAUGACAGCUGCAGCUGGACCCAUGUCCUGUUGAGUGAAAAGGGCAGGGGAAGCUCUGACUUUUUUCAUGAUAAAAAAAUGCCAAAAUAUAUAGGUAUUUAUUUUAUUAUAAUGAUUGAGGCACUGGCAGGCUUCCAAAUUGCUUUAAAAGUGUAAAUAUAUCAGUAAAACAUUGUGUUCAACUGAUACCUUUAUAUAUACAGUGGUGGUCCAUUUUAAUUAUAGAAAAAUGCAGAUAUGGUGGGGGGCGUUAUUCAGAGAAUUUUGGAUUUUCUUAACAGAGGAAACCAGGAUCCCUGCUUAUCAGUGCCUGAUUGGCUCUCUUGCUAUGGUGGCUUGGGACUGGCCAUCAUGUAGUCAUACACCUUUUAUGGGAUUUUGCUUUUAAUUGUUUGUUUCUAGUGUUAUCUUAAUGACUGAUUCCAUUAAAUAGUUUUGGAAACUUAGGCCCUAAAAAAAUCAAUAGUCAUGGGAUGUAUGUCACUUCUUCCUCGGCUGCCUAAGGAAAACUUUACAAGGCAAGAAAGGGCUUAAAGUCAGAGUCUGGAGUUUUUCCUCUCUUUUGCUGACAAUAUAGGUGGUGAAGGAUCAAAAUAGAGGGAGGAAAAGAUUUCAACAAUUAUUUAAAAACAUCACAAACUAAAUGGAUAAAGAAAAACUUGUUUUAAGGAGGUAAGUGUCCUUGGGCAGCUUGAUUUAGGAAAAGCAUAGGGUGGGUGACUUUAUUUAAGGAGUAGACCAAUAGGCCUUUGAUACGGUAUCCCACCCCAUACUGGUGAACAAGUUAAGAGGCUGUGACGUGGAUGACUACACAGUCCAGUGGGUGGCGAAUUGGCUAGAGGGUCGCACCCAGAGAGUCGUGGUGGAUGGGUCGGUCUCGACCUGGAAGGGUGUGGGCAGCGGGGUCCCGCAGGGCUCGGUCCUUGGACCGAUACUCUUUAAUGUCUUCAUCAGUGACUUGGACAAGGGAGUGAAAUGUACUCUGUCCAAGUUUGCAGAUGACACAAAGCUAUGGGGAGAAGUGGACACGCCGGAAGGCAGGGAACAGCUGCAGGCAGACCUGGACAGGUUGGACAAGUGGGCAGAAAACAACAGGAUGCAGUUCAACAAGGAGAAAUGCAAAGUGCUGCACCUAGGGAGGAAAAAUGUCCAGCACACCUACAGCGUAGGGAAUGACCUGCUGGGUGGCACAAAGGUGGAAAGGGAUCUUGGAGUCCUAGUGGACUCCAAGAUGAACAUGAGUUGGCAGUGUGACGAAGCCAUCAAAAAAGCCAAUGGCACUUUAUCGUGCAUCAGCAGAUGCAUGAUGAAUAGGUCCAAGGAGGUGAUACUUCCCCUCUAUCGGGCGCUGGUCAGACCGCAGUUGGAGUACUGCGUGCAGUUCUGGGUGCCACGCUUCAAGAAGGAUGCGGAUAACCUGGAGAGGGUCCAGAGAAGGGCAACUCGUAUGGUCAAGGGCCUGCAGACCAAGCCCUACGAGGAGAGACUAGAGAAACUGGACCUUUUCAGCCUCCGCAAGAGAAGGUUGAGAGGCAACCUUGUGGCUGCCUAUAAGUUCAUCACAGGGGCACAGAAGGGAAUUGGUGAGUAUUUAUUCACCAAGGCGCCCCCGGGGGUUACAAGAAACAAUGGCCACAAGCUAGCAGAGAGCAGAUUUAGACUGGACAUUAGGAAGAACUUCUUCACAGUUAGAGUGGCCAAGGUCUGGAACGGGCUCCCAAGGGAGGUGGUGCUCUCCCCUACCCUGGGGGUCUUCAAGAGGAGGUUAGAUGAGUAUCUAGCUGGGGUCAUCUAGACCCAGCACUCUUUCCUGGUUAUGCAGGGGGUCGGACUCCAUGAUCUAUUGAGGUCCCUUCCAACCCUAACAUCUAUGAAUCUAUGAAUAACAAAGGAAAAUAUAUUGAUAAAAAGACUAUACAUCUAAGAACAAACCAAUGGUGGCAGUCACAGCCACCCUGCGCUCCUUGUCCCUAGAACUUGCUCCACAGAAGGGGGGUUUCCUGGUGUCUUUAAAACAGGCCAUGAAUCCCAACUUGAGAGGAGAUUUUCAGUUUUUUAGCUGAAGAUAAGAUAGAUUUUCACCUUUAAAAAGUAGCUAAAUCAGAGAUGUAUAGCAUACGUUUUCAUAAGAAAAAGGCCAUAAUUACUUCAUUGUAUUCAUAGUUAUUAAUACCAGCAAGCCACAGUGACUUCUUCAAUCCAGGUAGACUUGAUGGAGGCUAGAUAUAAUAAAUGAAAGCAAACCAUGUUGAUUAGUGGAUGACCAAUGACAUUUUCUUCCGGAGAACAAAAUGUUUUUAGGAAUGAUUGGGUGCAUCUAUAUGUGCAUUAACAUGCUUUAAUUACUGCACAGUAAAUCUAGUACCUCCAUUGUAAGGUACUAAGAAAAUGUGCAUUAGCCUAUCUUAAUGCACAUUGACUAAGAAACGGGGCAUUUGUACACGUUUGUGCCAUGGUGCUGGGUGCUUCUAAAAAUGCUCAGUGCUGUGUCACGUACAGUUGCAUAAGCAGUGAAACGUGUGUCAGUGAUAAAACAGUGGCGUGCUUUUGAACUAAAACACAGAAGGUGUUUUAGUUCAAAAGCGCACCGUUGCCAUUUUCUGCAUGCUGAUGCGCAUUUCGCUGCUUAUACAACUAACUGCACGCAAAGCAGCACAGUGCAUGUCGGCUCACAUGCAGAGCAGACUCAGUUAAUCAAGUCUGUUCUGACCCACGAGAACUCCAGCACAUCAUGAGAUGAAAAGGUAUGUGUAUAAAUGACCAUGGUUUUUAAGUGGCGCUUAAUGUACAUUAGUUUUUUAAUAUGCAUUAAAGUGUCACUAAAAAAAAAUUCUAUUUAGUUAAUGCAUAUUAAAAUAAGUUAAUGUGCAUUAAAGCGCAUGUGUAUGUGUGCCCACCAUUGACUGGCCAGAGAACUUAAUUAUCUCAGUAGGUAAAGGAAGUAUGUAUGCUGCCUGUUAAUUGUGUUCUGGCUUCCUCUACCCCUGCCCUUUGAUCAUCAAAAUAGGAGUAUGUAAAGUCUCAUGACUAAAGACUUCACAGUUGAUGGAUUUUAACAGAAUACUUUGGCAUUUUUUUUAUUGAUAAUUUAUCAAAAUCUUUUGUAAAAAUAUAUCAGUUUAAACUAACCUUUUGUCAGGAAAGAUAUAUUACAUCAAGGCAGGAGCUCUGGCCAAUACCAGGGAGGCAUCCAUCCCAAAAUAGGUACGUGACAAAAAGUCACUUAAGGUGUUCUGUGAUACUUAAUGUAUUCAAUUAUCAGGAUCAAACCCACUCAAUAAAAAUCAGUAAUUGCUUGUAA